AAAUGAAGGAAAUCUAAUAAUAUAGGCGCAAAAGUGUUUUGUCAUUUGUAAUGUUUUUAUACAUCACCAAAGAAAAAUUGUUAGGAAUAAAAAGCGUGGAACAUGUAAUAGAAACACUUCUCACAUUUACUGGCGUGUCACGUCAAACUCUAAACUAAUGAGAUCAAUAACUCAUUAUCGAUUAAAUUCCUCUUCUUUUUUAUUUAUAGAAAAACUAUUGCCCUUUUAUGGUGGGAGAGAAAAGUUUCGACAAUCCUUAAAUAAAUGGUCUUUUACUUCUAUUUCUUUAAAACCUCAAAAAGUUUGGUUUACCAACAUGCCAAAGAAUGAUAUUGCAAAGCGACAUUUAAACGUUUGGAAUAAGUUAAACAUUGAAAAAAAAUUUUUAGAAAGCUUUAUAGUUGAUAAUUUGUCGAAUAACAAUCUAGUUGAGAAAAAACCUAGUUGUGACAUAGAUUGGACUUAUUGGAGAAACGAAAUAAAACUCCCUGAAUUAGUUGAUUAUUUGGAAAAAAUUCAUAUUUCCCAAGUAAAGGCCGUUGAGGAUUUUUUAAAAAGAGAUGUUUGCGACACUUCUAAACUGGACGAUGCUUUUAUCCAUCCUAUAAAAAAAUUGAAUAGGAGUUUAAGAAGCUUCUAUGACGCAUUAGUGUCUGAUUGUAACCAAACAUUCAAAAUGUUGCAUGAUUUCAUUUCGAGUGGACUUCAGUGCUUAUGGAUUUCAAACAAAAAUUUAAAUGCUGGUGAAUUGUCCGCUGAUGAGUGGCUGGAUUCCGAUUUAUAUUGGCAAGCAUAUGUAGAACGUCACCAUUUUUUGGACCCUAGUAAGGAUAAAAACGACUUUUUAACGGAGACCUUUGAAGAUAAAGAAAACAUUGAAAAAAAAAUUAAAGAGCAAAAAAAAUUAGUGGAUCUGUUCCACGACCGUUCUGAUACUCCAACCCUUUAUAAUUAUGUUAAUCAAAUUCAUUCUUUUGAAUAUUACAACUCCUUUCCAUUAAAAUUUUUGGAACAUAUGAUUUAUUUUUUGAUACGUACUGGAAAAGAUUAUCAUUUUUUUCCUGAAAUUUUACCGACGGCAUGGGUAACUCAUCUUGAAAAUUUAAGAUACCGCUAUUUGAAAAGACAAGAUUUGCGUCAACGUAGCACCAUGUUGGAUAUACUUGAGGGAAGCUCUAGUCUGGAUCUUGUUCCAGCUUUUCAAGAAAAAGAUUACAAUGAAAAUUUUAUUGCCGACUUUGGAACUCGUGAAAGAAACAUAUGGGAAUUAAUAGUUGGCCGGCUUAUGUCAGAUUAUAUUUUCUUAAGUUUUCCAGCGAAACCCAUCCAAUCUGUAUAUGCCUUACAAUGCAUUUUAAAUUCAGAAAAAACUAAAGGGUCUUUUUAUUCUCUGGGAGACGACAUUAAUGCCCUAUUUUAUUUACCUUACGGCGCCAAAUUUCCUUUCCAGAACAAUGAAAAUGAGAUAAAGUUUCCUUCACCGUCACUGACAAUACAAAAAUGGAUCGAGCAUAUAAUGUUAACAGGAGGGUUGGUUAGCUCAGAGUAUCUUGAUCUGAAAGUGUUAUAUUCGAAACUUUUGGAAACACGUGGGGAAAUAUGGUUUUGUUCACCAGAGGAAUCUGUUGCGCAAGGGUUUUUGCGUAGGUUGUCUCGUGAAGAUCCACAGAAGAGUGUUUAUGAAGGCUAUGUCAAGGAGUCGAGCCAACGAUGGAAAAGUGCAAAGAGAAUAACAAUUGAUGAAGUCAUAGAGAAGCUGCCACAAAUGGAAGUGGACUACAAAAAAUUGAACGACAUAUUUAACAUGGCUCAAAAAUUAUUUUACUCAAACACAGAUAUUUUAUACCAAGCAUCAAGUUUAUCGUCACAUGAUAAUAUUGCUGAAUAUCUUUUGGAUUUAGUAAAACGUAAAAAUAUUUCUAUAACAUUAAAGAAUGAAUUAUUAGAAAAAUGCAGCAUAUCUGAACUCAAUGAGUUUGUUAAAUCUAUUGAGUCAAUCGCAUGAAUGUUAACUUAUUGUCAAAUAUUAAACUUUUAUUUUUUUUCUGAUAAUUGUUUCGUGCGCAAGAAUUAAACCGUUGUAUCUAUGGUUUUUCUUUCGGUUCAAAAGGUUGACCUUUCAUAUAUUUAAUAUUGAAUUACAGCGGA